AACAGCUUUUACCUGCUGAGGUGCAGACAGAUCACCUUGUCAUUAAAAAUGGACUUCAGCCUCACCUGAACGCACCUGGCUGCAACACCAUGACGAAGAACAAGAAGAACAAGAAGAACAAGAAGAACAAAACGUAGGAGAAUGAGAAGAUCCAUAAAGUUUAUUUUCUUCCUGUUGGGGACUUUAUGUUUUAUUAUUUGUAUCUUUUUAUAUUCUCAACAACAGAGCGACAGCAUUGAGUCUUUAGAUGACAAUCAGGUGGAUUGGAGUCUUGUCUCAGCGGGUGAUGAAGAACAAGAAGUGGAACAAAAAAUAGAAGCAGCAUGUUCUCUGAGGAAAGCUGUGAGGAAUGAUGUUCUUCUCCGAGAGAAGUUCAGGUUCUCCAUGUCAGUUCUUCAGUGGGUGCAGAGUUUAAAACCUGCCUGGGAACAUCUGAGGAAGCGAAACCCUCCGUAUGGCUGGAGGGGACUUCCUGUUGACGUUUUGGGCUCCACUCUCUCCCUCCUAAACAGCUCUCGUCUCUUCGAGCGAGGCUCACCUGACAGGUGUGUUCGCUGCGCCGUGGUGGGAAACGGAGGAAUUCUACGAGGGUCCCAACAGGGCAGGAACAUCGACAGCCAUGACUUUGUCUUCAGGAUGAACGGAGCGGUAAUCAGAGGUUUUGAAGAAGACGUUGGGACAAAGAUUUCCUUCUACGGAUUCACCACCAACACCAUGAAGAACUCGCUGGGCCGGUACCGAACUGACGGAUUCAACAGGAUCCCUCAGAGUCCGGAGAUAAACUACAUCUUCAUCCCUUCAGACCUCAGAGACUAUGUGAUGAUAGCGGCUGCUGUUCAGGGUCGGGUCGUUGGCUCAGGGAGGGACAGGCGGGACCGGCCCUGGGAAUAUUUUGGUCACAAACCAGCAGCAAACUUUAAGAUUCUCCAUCCAGAUUUUAUUUCCUACGUGACUCGCAGUUUUCUGCGGUCUCCGCUGCUGACUGACGUCAGGACUCGUCAUCUCUACAUGCCAAGCACUGGAGCUCUGAUGCUGCUGACAGCACUGCACACCUGUGACCAGGUUUCUGCAUACGGCUUCAUCACCAGGAACUAUGCAUCCUUCUCCGAUCAUUACUACGACUCCACCUUGAAGCCUCUCGGAUUCUUCUCCAACCACGACCUAUUGAUGGAGAGCCGGCUGUGGGAGGAACUGCACCAUCGGAGGGUCCUCAGGUUGUACCAGAGGGAGGGGGGCAACUGACGGGGGAGGACAUCCCACAUUUCAAAUGCUAAAAACAUCCAUUUCGGUAAAGGGCAACUAUAGGUGAAUAGGGUGAACAUUUAUCUAUCAGAAUGAAACCUCCCUGGUUGACUCACAGAAGGACAGUUCUUUUUUGCAAGUUUUCUAAAAUGUUAUGUUUAAAUAUUCAAAUGAGGCCUUAUCUAUGCUGGCCUUAAACUUGGAUGGUACUAAUAAAAUGUCCAGUUUAAUGUCAAAUUUUGUUUAGUCUUAAUCAUAAACUGUUUAAAAAGGCACCUUACAUUCGAUUAUUUAACAUUACAAUUUGAAUGAAUAUAAGCCUGAAGUAGCUUCAAUAAUGCAAGGUUUCCUUAUGAUAUUUAUCCUGCGUUUUACAAUAUACAAACAGUUCAAUAAUAUCUGCAACAUGCAUCACAAACAAGCUUGUACAAUAAUGAACUUUGUUUAAAAAGUUUGAUUUUAUAGCUCAUAAAUUGUAUAUAACACUGAUUUCAGAUGCAAUUAUCUUUUUUGUACAAAAGUAUUUGUAAGUAAUUGUUUAACUUUUCAAUUGUAAUCAUUUGAGAUUUUUGGUGAUUCUUUACUAAUAUACACAUAUUAAUAUGGAAACUUAGCUAAUGCAAACUUGUGUUUUUUACAUGAACUAUGUGAGAAUUGUAACUUUUUCUCUCCAUUUUAUUUACUCAGCUGAGCUCUGUAAAAGGUUAAUAUAAAAUAAAGGAAAAAAUAUAUAAUUUCUCUGUGGGACAUUAUCAAAAUGCUAUUCAUAUAUUCCCUUGUUCAAAUUGAACAACAACUGAAUAUAAAAAGGCACCCUCUCUGGAAAAGGAGAGAUUAAAUUAGGUGGGAGGGUCAUAUUUCAUUAAACUACACAACAAGGGCCAGAAAUAAACAGAAAAUAACUAACUGAUAUUUCAAAAUAAAAGCAAGACUUUGAUUGUU